AUUCAAGAUGAUGUCCAAAUCGUAUACCAACCUUUUGGAUCUAGCUUCCGGCAACUUUCCGAUAAUGGGUCGGGAAAGGAAGAGGCUUCCACGAGUAAUGACCGUUGCCGGGGUUAUAUCGGAGCUUGACGAUGAUAACGCCAAUAGUGUGUCGUCGGAUGUUCCGUCCUCGAUUGUGCAGGACCGGAUUAUUAUUGUGGCUAAUCAGCUGCCGGUAAAAGCCAAGCGGAGACCUGAUAACAAAGGAUGGAGUUUUAGUUGGGAUGAGGACUCAUUGCUAUUGCAGUUAAAGGAUGGUUUGCCCGAAGAAAUGGAGGUUUUGUAUGUAGGUUCUUUGAAUGUAGAGGUGGAUUCGAAUGAACAAGAUGAUGUGUCGCAGCUUCUGUUGGAUAGGUUUAAGUGUGUUCCAGCCUUCCUGCCGGCCGACAUUUUGACCAAGUUCUAUCAUGGGUUUUGUAAGCAGCAGUUGUGGCCUUUGUUUCAUUACAUGCUUCCGUUUUCAGCAAAUCACGGUGGAAGGUUCGACCGGACUUUGUGGGAGGCGUAUGUGGCUGCAAAUAAGAUCUUCUCACAAAGGGUCAUUGAAGUCAUAAAUCCUGAGGAUGAUUAUGUAUGGAUUCAUGAUUACCAUUUAAUGGUGCUGCCGACCUUCUUGAGGAGGAGGUUUAAUAGAUUGAGAAUGGGGUUUUUUCUUCACAGCCCCUUCCCGUCAUCAGAAAUUUACAGGACUCUACCUGUCAGGGAAGAGAUUCUUAAGGCUCUUUUAAAUUCGGACCUUAUUGGUUUCCACACUUUUGAUUAUGCUCGGCAUUUCUUGUCUUGUUGCAGUCGAAUGUUGGGUUUGGAGUAUCAGUCAAAAAGAGGUUAUAUUGGGUUGGAUUAUUAUGGAAGGACAGUCGGGAUAAAGAUCAUGCCUGUUGGGAUUCACAUGGGGCAGAUUCACUCAGUGUUAAAACUUGCAGAUAAGGAGUGGAGGGUAGGAGAACUAAAACAAAAGUUUGAAGGAAAGACUGUGUUGCUUGGUGUUGAUGACAUGGACAUCUUUAAAGGUGUCAAUUUGAAGCUCUUGGCAAUGGAACAGAUGCUGAAGCAGCACCCUAAGUGGCAGGGGAGAGCAGUUUUGGUACAGAUAGCAAAUCCAGCUAGGGGAAGAGGGAAAGAUCUUGAGGAAACACAGGCUGAAAUCUAUGCAAGCGUCAAGAGGAUAAAUGAAAAAUAUGGUCUGAAUGGAUAUGAACCCAUUGUCUUCAUUGAUAAACCAGUCUCUCUUAGUGAAAGAGUUGCGUAUUACACAGUAGCCGAGUGUGUGGUGGUCACUGCUGUGAGGGAUGGGAUGAAUCUUAUUCCAUAUGAGUACAUUGUAUGCAGGCAAGGGAACUCUGGAUCAGAAUCUGAAUCAGAAUCCAGUGGUCCCAAGAAGAGCAUGCUGGUUGUAUCAGAGUUCAUUGGAUGUUCACCUUCACUUAGUGGUGCAAUUCGGGUUAACCCAUGGAAUGUUGAAUCAACAGCUGAGGCCAUGAAUGAGGUAAUUUCAAUGGCUGAACCGGAGAAACAGUUGAGACAUGAGAAGCAUUAUAGGUAUGUUAGUACACAUGAUGUGGCUUACUGGUCACGAAGUGUUUUCCAGGACAUGGAGAGGACGUGCAAAGACCAUUUCAGAAGACGUUGCUGGGGAAUUGGUCUGGGUUUUGGCUUCAGGGUUAUAGCACUGGAUCCUAACUUCAGAAAACUGUCUAUUGAUGCCAUUGUGAAUGCCUAUUUGAAAUCUAAGAGGAGGGCUAUAUUGUUAGAUUAUGAUGGCACUGUGAUGCCUCAAACAUCUAUAAAUAAGACCCCAAGUCAAGAGGUCAUCUCCCUAAUCAAUACACUUUGUGGUGAUGUUAAAAACACUGUUUUUGUGGUCAGUGGAAGAGGAAGGGAUAGUUUGAGCAAGUGGUUUUCUCCUUGCAAGAAACUUGGAAUUGCUGCUGAACACGGUUAUUUUGUAAGGUGGUCUGCCGACAAGGAUUGGGAAAUUUGUGGACAGAGUAGUGAUUUUGGGUGGAUACAGAUAGCUGAGCCAGUUAUGAAAUUGUAUACAGAAGCCACUGAUGGAUCUUCUAUUGAAACCAAGGAGAGUGCAUUGGUUUGGCACCAUCGAGAUGCCGACCCGGGUUUUGGAUCCAGCCAGGCUAAAGAAUUGUUGGACCAUCUAGAAAGUGUGUUGGCAAACGAACCAGUAGCUGCCAAGAGUGGUCAAUAUAUUGUAGAAGUAAAGCCACAGGGUGUCAGUAAAGGCCUGGUCGCUGAAAAGGUAUUCACAUCGAUGCACGAGAGUGGGAAGCAGGCAGAUUUUGUUUUGUGCAUUGGUGAUGAUAGAUCUGAUGAGGACAUGUUUGAGAUUAUCGGCAAUGCGCUCAAUAAUGAUGUCAUCUCCUCAAAUACGAGUGUUUUUGCAUGCACCGUUGGACAGAAACCUAGUAAAGCCAAGUACUAUUUGGAUGACCCUACUGAUGUCAUAAUGAUGCUUGAGGCUCUUGCAGACGCUUCAGAUUCUCCGCCGUCCUCAGACGGCGAAGCAGGAAGCCCCUGAAACCUUCCUGCAUGACUUUGUUAGACUCCAGUGUCUUCUUCAGUAAGGCAAUGAUGGUUAACUGCAUGCUGGGCUUUGAUUGAAGAAAGUGAUGAUCCUUUUCUGCUUUCUGGAAGCGACCUAUGGGAGAAAACAUCCUCUGCGACCUUCUGAAUGAAUAUUUGCAGCCAAUUCCCAACCAUCACUAGAUUUGAUAUCUUCUGUGCAUAGACGAUCAAUGCUGAGUGUGGAUUAUAGUAUAGUGGAUUUACUUGGUAAAAAACAACAGAACUUCUAGAUCAGCGCAUACUUUUGAAAGAUUUGAUGGGGGGCUUGGAUUUAGAAAGGAAAUGAUGCCCAAAUCAGUUGUUGGAUCAUAUUCAUUUGAAGGUUGACAUGUCUGAGGAAGGAUGUAGAUUAUGCUAAUGGUGGGGAAGUAUAAAGGGUCUGUGCUGGUCACAGUCAGAAUGCCCAUUGAAACAAUAUACUGGUUUUUUCUUUUUGGAGUGAAUUUGCUUUGCCAUUUGUUUCUGGGAUCAAUUCCUUUGCUUAUUGAAUCUGUACAUUAUAUAGCAAUAUUUGCAAGAAAUGAUCACGCUUUCGAAGAUGUCCCAAAUAAUGCAUCUUUCAGGUUCCUGAAA